CAAAUUGAUCGAUCAAAACUUACGAUGAUGUCUAAUUAAGUAUCAAUCAAGCCAUUAAUCUUAAGGUAGCAGAAAUCAAGGUCACACAUAUAUAUAUAUAUAUAUAUAUUACCAGUUAUGGGUUUGUUAUCUCAUUGCUGGCUUCUAAUCGAAUUCUUCGUCUUCCCCAACCUCUCCUUUUUCAUUCACCCUUUCUUCCUUUUCUUCUUCCGUCUCUAUCUAUGGCUUCUUUUCCCUUUCCAAAUUCUCUGCCGCCUUCUCUCCGCCGCCUUCCCGGUUCGAGCCGAACCGGUUUUUUACGACGCCAUGGACUCGGACUCGGAACUCUCCCCGCCGGUUUUCCUCCUUAUCGUUUCGUCGGAAGUCCGGGACCUCCCGGAUGACUGCGAUGGACCGCGACCGGGACCGGUUCCGGUUCCGGUCGAGCCGGAUCCUGUUGCGGUCGGAGAUAAUUGCGACGGGAACCGGUCGUGGCUGGCAGAGUUUUUGCUGUCCGACCGGUACACCGACGCUUAUUUGCUUUCGUACGGCCUCGACGACGACGAGGCGGCGGCGGCGGACAGUCGGGACGAUUAUUCCGACGGCCAGUUGUUAGUAUUGCCAUUCUCUGAUUCCGCCGACGCCGCCGCCGCCGCCGGCGACUCGCCUCUGAAUGUAGGAGGAAUCAAAGAUUCGUUAUUCCAACGGGAGCUCGCGGAAAGAUUCAGAUUUUUCAAUCUCCUCUAUCACGAAAGAUUAAACGGACUCGGGGCAAUCUCAGCCGAGCGAUCGAUGAUCGGAUUAUCAAAUUCGACGAAUUUCAUUAUUGAUCAAAUCAAAACAAGAAGGGCAAAGAUUCAGGGGAGUUUACAGAGUGAUUUGGAGCUAAUAUACGUAGCUCAAACAUGCCUCUUCUGGGAAGCUCUCAAUCAUCAAUACAGACAGGUCGAAAUUCGAACAUUCUCCGAACAAACAACAUCGUUUCAUUACAUCGUCGCCGAAAAAUUCCAGGAGUUUCAGAUCCUGCUCGAAAGAUUCGUCGAGGAGCAAAAACCAGGGGACCGAAGAUCUCCGAAUUUCAUCGAUCAACGGCUGUUGUUCCAUGCCACAAUCCAGGUUCCCGAUGUUACAGGGUUCGUCGUCGACAAAUUCGAUUCAAGAACAACUGCAGAAGAAGAAAUCGGAUCGAACAAAUUACUACAGGCCAUCAAGAAAUGCGUAUACGCUUUCUCGUCGUACGUAACAACAAACGACCGGAAAGGGGUUGUCGGGACAGUGGAAGAUCCCGUCGACCUGGAGCUCCUAUACGACGUAACUAAAGCGCUGCGAAAGAAAGGGACGAUGAUGAAACAUCUACGAGGGAAGAAACGAUGUUGUCUGAAGAGACGAGUCGAGCCUCUCCGGACAGAAGACGAGAAGAUCAAUCUUCUCUUUGCCACAAUCGACAUGAAGCUCGUCGAUCAAGUGCUUAAGAUGUCCCUCAUUUCGGGACAACAACUCGAGUGGUGCCGGGAGAAGCUUAACAACCUAGAAUUCGGACAGGGCAGAGUUUUAAGGAGUCAUAUGUACCAUUUAUUUCCCCGCUCAUGAAAUUCUAAGAUCAAAAUUUCAUCAAGACAUCGAACCUCAAAUCGAUCCUACAA